AUCGGGCUGCGCCGGAAGUGCCCUCGCGCUGCCUAGGAGACAAGACGCGGGGCCAGCAGCUGACAGGGCCGGUCCGGCCGCGCCCACUCGGUCGCCAUGGAGCUACCCCCAGGGCCGCGCGACGAUCCCCGCACCUGGGACGAUGACUCGGACCCAGAGCCGGAGCCCGACCCGGACGCACAGGCCGAGGCUUACGUGUCCCGAGUGCUCAGUCCGCCGAAAUUCGGCCUGGCGCCCCCGCGCACCUCUGCGCUGUCCGGGCCCACCGCGUUCCCUGGCGCCCCGGAGCCGCGGACUGCGUCCAAGGGUCUGGCUGUGGAGGUCCCGGGCUUGCUGAGCCUUCCCCCUGAACUGCUGCUCGAGAUCUGCGCCUAUUUGGACGCGCGCCUCGUGCUCCACGUCCUGCCGCGCGUGUGCCACGCGCUGCGCGACCUCGUGCAUGACCAUGUCACUUGGAGGCUACGCGCGCAGCGCCGCGUACGCGCGCCCUAUCCAGUGGUGGAAGAAGAAGACUUUGACUGGCCAGCGGCCUGCAUUGAGCUGGAGCAGCAUUUGUCACGCUGGGCAGAGGAUGGGCGCUGGGCUGAGUACUUCUGUCUGGCUGAUGGGCACUUUGCUUCCAUUGACUCAGUGCUGCUGCUCCAGGGUGGGACACUCUGUCUGUCGGGCUCCCGAGAUCGCAACGUCAACCUGUGGGACCUGCGACAGCUGGGGGUGGAGCCCAGCCAGGUUCUGGUCAAGGCCCUGGGCACCCAGAACAGCACCCACAAGGGUUGGGUGUGGUCACUGGCAGCGCUGGACCACCGAGUGUGCUCUGGUUCCUGGGACAGCACGGUGAAGCUCUGGGACAUGGCAGCUGAUGGGCAGCAGUUCGGCGAGAUAAAGGGCAAGGCUGCUGUGCUGUGCCUGUCCUACCGGCCUGAUAUCCUGGUGACUGGCACCUAUGACAAGAAGGUGACAGUCUACGAUCCCAGAGUUGGCCCAGUCCUGCUGAAGAGCCGGCGGCUGCACUCGAGCGCGGUGCUGGCAUUGCUGGCGGAUGACCGGCACAUCAUUUCGGGCAGCGAGGACCACACACUCGUGGUGUUUGACCGCAGGGCCAACAGUGUACUGCAGCGGCUGCAGCUGGACUCCUACCUACUCUGCAUGUCCUACCAAGAGCCCCAGCUCUGGGCUGGCGACAACCAGGGCCUGCUGCACGUUUUCGCCAACCGGGAAGGCUGCUUCCAGCUUGUCCGGACCUUUGAUGUGGGCCACAGGUCUCAUAUUACAGGGAUCAAACAUUCGCUGGGGGCCUUGUACACCACGUCCACUGACAAGACCAUUCGGGUGCACGUGCCCACAGACCCACCAAGGACCAUCUGCACCCGAAGCCACCACAAUGUGCUAAAUGGGGAGAUGGGAUCUGCGAAGGCUAGCCCAUGGGUGUGGGGCACGCAGGGGUGGGAGCCCCCUCUUCUCCCUCCCCUACCCCUGCAGAGACUUUGAAGCUGGGACACUCAUGGAGUAAAAUGUCACCAGUGACAGCAGCAGCAGCUGCCGCAGCUGAGGGGUUCCCUGCUCCAGGACGCCUGGUGGCUGCCCCAUGGUCACGUGUCACCUUGGCAGGGGGAUUGCAGGGCCCUGGCCUCUCACUGACCUGAUUGAUCUGCUAACCAGCCCCAACACCCUCCUUUGCCAGCCUCUGGCCCUCCCUGCCCCCCCCGCACCCCACCAAUGUGCAGAGUGUCACCUGGCUCAGGUACAGCCCUGCCUGUCCUCUCUGUCUACACUCACUGCCCGGGGAUCCAGUCCAUGGAUGACUCAGUCCACUUGUUUAUGCUGAUAGCUCCCUCUGCCCCAUCCCAGACCUUGGACCCACACGAGGACCCUCCAGUCUCCUUGGUCAGUCCUACCUGUCUCUGUCUGGUAUCUCUCACCUAACUUGGCCAAAGCUGGACUCUAGGUUAUCUUCCCCCCACACCUUGUGCCCCCAAAUUCACCACUACCCACCCAACUGCCCUGGCCCAAAUCUUGAACUCCUUCAUUCCUUUACUUUCUGGUAUCCCCAUAUCUAAUCCUUUCUCAAGAGCCAGCUGAUCAGCAAUCAGAUUAAGUUCUCAAUCUGGUCACUUCUCUCCACCCCCACAUGGGCCCCACCGCCAUCUUUGUUCACUUGGACCAGUGCAGUCACCUCUACCCUAGUCUCUCCAGCCCUCCCACCACUGCCCUUAUUCUCAAGGCAGCCAGUGGGAUCUGUUAAAAAAGUAAAUCAGAGCGGGGAGGAGGGUGGUAAAUGAGGGUAAAGGGGA